AAGGCAGUCUGUAAUGCAAUGUUCUGAUGCAACACUAUCGUUCUAGUACACGUGUGCAAAACCUUUUGCGCUGCGGUUUUCAGGCUGAUUGCACGCGGAGUCUUACCUGACUUUUCAAAGGCUUGAAUAAUAUUUAUUUAAACCGAAACAUCUGCUUUUCCCCAAAAUGUGUGGAAUAUGGGCUCUGUUUGGAAGUGAUGAAUGCCUUACAGUUCAGUGCACAACUGCGAUGAAGAUUAAUCACAGGGGUCCUGAUGCAUUCCGCUUUGAAAACGUUAACAAUUUUACCAACUGCUGCUUUGGAUUCCACCGUCUUGCAAUUGUCGAUCAACUUUAUGGAAUGCAACCACUACGUAUCAAGAAAUUUCCUUACCUUUGGCUCUGCUACAAUGGAGAAAUUUACAAUUUCAAACAGUUGCAGAAACCUCUAGGAUUUGAAUACCAAACUUGCAUGGAUGGUGAAGUAAUCCUUCAUCUUUAUGAUAAGGUAGGGAUAGAGAAGACAGCUAAACUGCUGGAUGGAGUGUUUGCAUUCAUCCUUUUGGACACAGCUAAUCGAAAGGUGAUUUUAGGAAGAGACACCUAUGGAGUUAGGCCAAUUUUCAAGUUAAUAACCGAUGAUGGAUUCCUUGCAGUAUGCUCAGAAGCAAAAGGUCUUGUUGAUAUAAGGCAUUCCAUGGCUUCAUCUCCAGAAAUAGUUCCAUUUCCACCUGGCCACUAUGAAGUGUUUGAUCUGAAACAGAAUGGGAAAGUUUCAUCAGUUGAGUUGGUUAAGUUUCACAGUAUUAAAAAUGAACCUGCACAUGCUAUUUAUGAUACUUUGGGAAGCCUAAAUUCAGGAUUUGAACUAGAAAAUGUGAAAGGAAAUAUUCGGCUACUGCUUGAAAAUGCUGUUAGAAAACGACUGAUGGCACACAGAAGAAUUGGAUGCCUUUUGUCAGGAGGACUGGACUCCAGCCUUGUAGCUGCUCUUCUGCGGAAAUUAAUGAAAGAAGAUAAUAUAAAAUAUGCACUUCAGACAUUUGCGAUAGGAACAGAAGAUAGCCCUGAUGUCCGUGCAGCACGCAAGGUGGCAAACUUUAUUGGUAGUGAGCACCAUGAAGUGACUUUUACUCCUGAGGAGGGUAUCAGCUGUUUAGAUGAUGUCAUACGUACCUUGGAAUCUUAUGACAUCACAACAGUACGAGCAUCUGUAGGUAUGUAUUUGGUUUCCAGGUAUAUCAGGAAGACCACAGAUAGUGUAGUAAUUUUCUCCGGAGAAGGCUCAGAUGAACUGACUCAGGGAUACAUUUAUUUUCACAAGGCACCUUCCCCUUUAGAAGCUGCAGAAGAAAGUGAACGGCUUUUAAAGGAGCUAUACAUGUUUGAUGUUCUGCGUGCAGAUAGGACUACAGCAGCUCAUGGACUUGAAUUAAGAGUUCCUUUCUUGGAUCACCGUUUUUCGACUUAUUACCUCUCCUUACCACCAGAGCUUAGAGUUCCCAAGAACGGAAUUGAAAAGUUCCUUUUGAGGGAUGCUUUUCAGGAUUCUAAACUGCUUCCAGAGGAAAUUCUGUGGAGACCAAAAGAAGCCUUCAGUGACGGUAUAACUUCAGUCAAAAAGUCAUGGUUUGCCUUACUGCAGGAAUAUGUUGAUUCUCAGGUGAAUAAUUCCGACCUAGAGAGAGCAGAAGAGAAAUUCCCUUUCAAUACGCCAAGGACAAAAGAAGCCUACUAUUAUCGCCAGAUAUUUGAGAAACAUUUCCCAGGCCGAGCUGACUGGUUGAGUCAUUACUGGAUGCCUAAGUGGAUUAAGGCUUCCGAUCCUUCAGCACGCACAUUGUCUCAUUACAAAACAGAAAAUGACAAGAAUGGAGCUGAAAAAGUACACCUGGACCGUUGUUAAAAAAAAAAAAAACCUGAAAAAAUUAUGCCCGGACCAGUUUUAAAAAUAUACCAUUAAAAUAAAGCUGAAAAAAAGUACAUGGACCAUUUUAAAGAAUGAACCAUUAAAAUACCAUGUCUUAAGUUUUA